UCCUAACCAUUGAAGUUUUCUGCCUUCGGCUAUUGACGUUUUCUCCUUUCAUCUGAGAAGUGAGAAGGAGAAACUUGAAAGGGAAAGAUGGCGAAUCAGAGGCAGAGGCUGGCUCGAAAGCGAUACAGGACAGCACACCCAGAACUGUGUGCAAAACCAGAACCAACAGCUCCAAAGGACCCUAGCAAGAAGAAGAAAAAGAAGUACAAGUUCAAGCGGAAGGCAGGAGAAAACGACGGACCCAAAACCCUAAAGACGUCUAAGAAUUCAACUUUCAGGAAACAUCCCCUCAGAGUUCCUGGCAUGAAACCUGGUGAGGGCUGUUUCAUCUGCAAAGCCGACAAUCACAUUGCCAAACUCUGUCCUCAGAAGACUCAGUGGGAGAAACAUAAAAUUUGCUUGCUCUGCCGGCAACGUGGGCAUAGUCUUAAGAAUUGCCCGAACAAGAGCGAUGAAAUCAAUGACAAGAAGCUUUGCUAUAAUUGCGGGGAAUAUGGGCAUUCACUUUCUAAAUGUCCCCAACCUCUUCAAGAUGGGGGAGCAAAAUUUGCUAAUUGCUUUGUUUGUGGUGAGCAUGGACACCUGAGUAAAAAUUGCCCAAAAAAUACACAUGGGAUUUAUCCAAAGGGUGGUUCCUGUAAAAUAUGUGGUGGCAUCACACAUUUGGCUAAAAAUUGCCCUAACAAAGAUGACAGAGGUCUUACUGCUGCCAAUGUAGCAGAAAACAAAUCAAGUGCACAGGUGACUAAAUUUGGGUCUGGAGACGAUCUUGAUGAUUUUGGUGAUAUUUGCAUGGAGGAAGAUUCUAAUGAAGGCAAGAAACGUGCUUCUUCCAAGUCAAAAGCCAAUUCUACUUCAGGAGUUGAAGUUGAAAACAAUAGCAAUGUAAAAGCUAAGAAAAAACAGGGGGCCAAAGUAGUGAAUUUUAUGGGCUAACAGGUCUCUGGGUGCAAUCAAUGGAAUUAUUUUUAUGCUAAAACAUUCUUUAUCGUGAUACAACAUGUCUGCAUUUAUCAGAGGAAUUUUCUGCUCAAAAUGACUCACCAUUUAAAUGACUUCCCUGAUUAUGUUGUUAUCAAACUUGAGAUUUGUAAGGUUUCGGUAAGAAGUUUUCUGGAUAGAAAAAACUAUGAUGUUAGCAAGCAA